AUGGCCGAUCUCGAUCGCAUUCCCCCGUCAACAACCGCCUAUGUAGUUGCCACUGCCAUCAUCGCCGGCGUCACGGGCUAUUUCCUCGGUCAGGGCUCUUCGCUCGGCCUGUUCUCGACCAAAGAGAAGGAAGGCUGGCCGAAUAGCUACAAUGUGAAGGUGCACCGGGACUCGUCCGACGAGGAGGGUGAUGACGAAGACGACGACGAGGAAGAGGAAGAGGAUAGCGAGGAGGAGGGCGAUGGUGGCGAAUUGGCCAAUUUUGAGGGGAACAAUGAAGAGGUGAAGUUGGUGCUGGUGGUGAGGACGGAUUUGGGAAUGACGAAAGGUUGGUUUUUUUUUUUCUUUCCUUCCCUUUCUCUAUUUUUCACGCGUUCUUGCUUUAUCUUUAUACGAGUCGAGGAGAAUCCCUUACAACCUAUAUCGCAUACCCCAAACACCCUGCAGAAAAAGAAACAAGCUAACAGCGCAACCCACCAACGCAGGAAAAAUCGCCGCCCAAUGCUCCCAUGCCACCCUCGCCUGCUACAAAUACCUCACAGCCUAUACGCCCAACUCACCGAUCCUGCGCCGCUGGGAACGCCAGGGCCAAGCGAAGAUUGCGCUGCAGAUCAAAUCCGAAGAGGAGCUGCAAUUGCUGCAGGCGCAGGCCAUCAGCCUGGGGCUUUGCGCGCGGGUGAUACAGGAUGCCGGACGGACUCAGAUCGCCAGUGGGAGUCGCACGGUGCUGGGGGUUUUGGGACCUAA